AGUCUGUAUCAGACAACCAACAGCUAAACAUAUGUGAUACCAAGACCUGCAUUUUUACUUUUAUAGUUUAAUUUAAAUAAUUUUUAUUUAUUGUUUCGUUUUUCAUAAUCGAUAUUUAUUUUUAAUUUUCGGAAACUUUGUGAUACUGUUCGUGAUUUAUCGUUUUAAUACAUUGAUAUAUUAAUUUGUUCGCGUUUUCUAUAGAUAUUUACUUAUAAUUCGUGUUAUUUUCGAUAUUCUUCUUUUUAUAUUCGUUAACUGAUUCGCGUUUUGUUUUAUUAAUUAUUUUUACUCGUUAUACCUAUAUCGUAUUAUCAUCUCAAUAGUGUUACUCGCAUCAAUUUGUUUUGAUUUUGUUUUCGUUCGGAAUGAUCUAGCAAAACAUACGAUAAUAAUUCUCUUGUUUGUUUAUUUUUCUCUGUUAUCGAGUGGCACGUGCCUUGAGACAAUGGAAUUCCAAAGCUACCUAGAGAGGAUGAUAAAUCUAAAUGAUUUUCCUGAUUUCGAAAUGCAGGGGACAGUUCUCAUGCCCCACAAUCCUCAACAAGGCUUUCCUCCAACAUCAGGAACUAUAGUUACCGGCAUGGAACCGCUACCAUCACCAAACCAGAUGACCAAAGAAGUAAUAGCCAAUCGCAGCGACUCCGGCAUUUUCUCGACCACCAACACCACCAUCGAGCCAACCGACGUUUCCAAAACGCCAUCGGAAAACUACGACACUGACAACCGCAGCGACUGUUCUUCUCCAGGACGAAAAUACCUUUGCCCUAUAUGCGAGAAAAUGCUGACCUCUCAACACGAAUUCACCCUUCACAUUCGCUCGCACAAUAACGAAAGCGAAGUCCAGGACGUAGAAAAGGGCUAUACCUGCAGGAUAUGCUCCAAGGUGUUGAGCUCCAGUAGUAGCUUGGAUAGACACGUGCUGGUGCAUAGCGGGGAGCGGCCUUUCCACUGCAAAUACUGCGGAGAUACGUUCACGACUAAUGGCAACAUGCACAGACACAUGAGAACUCAUUCUCAAAAAGCUGAGAACAGUUACGAGUCUGACGGUAGUUCGGAUACUGGCAGCUCCAAGAGCACCGAGUUCAACAACAAUAGAGUCGAGAAAGGUAUCAAGAGGAAGAAUGAGAACCUCGAUACUGGAGAGAAGAGGAUAAAAGAAGAAUACUCUGAUACUGAGGCACCACACUCAUUCAAGUGUCCAGUCUGUGAAAGAACAGACUUCAACUCAGUGACCAUACUGGAAACGCAUUUGGAAGACAACCAUCCCGAUUACCCUGCCAAAUGCAACAUGUGCAAACAAGUAUUUCUGAACAACAAGUUGUUGACUGUUCACAAGGCCACUUCGCAUGAAAACACUCUAAAUAGACACCCGGUGGUUGGUUUCAAAGACCUGACGUUCGUUGACUUUUCGAGCGAGAAGUUCCCAAUCAUCGCUAGAAGAGAAUGCGAAAUGAACCUGCACAAAGUAACUGGUGGACUGAAGUUUCAAUGCAAAAGAUGCAACAGAGCUUUUCCUUGUUCAAGUUCAUUGGAUAUCCACGAUAAAAGCUGCAUUCCUAUGGAUCACACCAAUGGUCUCGACCUUACUUCCAUCAUCUCCAAACCAGAAUUCAGACGGAUGGACUUCUUCUCCAGGUUGAACCUAGUAGACAAUUCUCCAGAAAAGCCACCGCCAAGCCCCAACAAGGUCAGGCAACACAUAGUUAAGAGCUUAGAUGCCACCCAUGACCUUGCUGAUAUUCAGUCUAUUCUUUCCAACAUCAACUUGCAGCAGCUUCAAGCCAAGCAAACUGAAUUACGAAACACAACGCCUAAGCCUCUGGAGCAGUCUCCUGAGAUUCAGAAAAACGAAGAAGAGGAAUCUCAAGAUCUGUUCGCAGUCGAGUUCAGAAAAAUGAAAAUGCGUGGUGAGUUUCCAUGCAGGCUUUGCACAGCAGUAUUCCCGAAUCUCAGAGCUCUCAAAGGUCAUAAUAGGGCUCACCUCAACGGGAACAAUAACGGUACAUAUCACUGCAAUAUGUGUCCCCACUCUUCCCUAGAUAAAGCCGCGCUGAUUCGUCACAUGCGAACACAUAAUGGUGACAGACCUUACGAGUGUGCUCUCUGUAAUUAUGCAUUCACCACCAAAGCCAACUGCGAGCGCCACUUGAGAAAUAGGCAUGCCAAAACUACAAGAGAUGAUGUUAAAAAAUCCAUUAUUUACCAUCCUUCUGAGGAUCCUACCAAUGAAGAUAUGAACAAACCAAAUACCAAAGACGAUUCAAAGAAACAUAACCUAAAUGAUAAUGAGGAGUACGAAAAGGUUCAUUGUUCGACACCCAAGUAUCCAUCUGAAGCUAUUCUCAAACCAACAAUUCCACCGAUGAUUCCAGAACUGCAAACUCUUAGACCCACAAAAAUAUUCCCGAAUAUGAACGACAUGAUCCGUUGCGAAAAUCUGAAAUCCUUGAAGGAGCACAGACUUACUCAUCACCAAAAUGGAUCAGUACUGCCAAAUUCCAAAUUCAAUCUCCAUCCCACCUCACCUGGGAAAAUUCAAGUGAAAAGCAUCGAGGUCCUCAAAGAAAACAGUUCCUACAAUAAUGACUCUGAAGAUGAGUACUUUGAUGAAGAAGACGACCAACCUUUAGACUUGGUUUUAGACUUGAGUAAGAAAAAAUGCGAUGAGAUAAGUAGACAUAUUACUGAAGAAGAUGAUGAUGAACCCCAAGAUCUCACAAAGAAAUCCCCUCCCAUUCCCACUCACGUUCCUCCUCAACUACCCCCGAAUGUGGGACAAAUUUUUGCCCACCAGUUUCUCAAGAGUCCUCCAAAGAUCGAUCCAGCUGCUCUUUACGCAACUCAGCUUGCUCUGUAUCGUAGCGGUUUUCCUGGAAUCCCCAACUGGCCAGGUUUUCCUCUCAACACCUUACUUUUCCCAACCAUUCCCACAAACUUACCUCAAAACCCCCAGGAGAUGAAAGAACGCAUGCAGCGGUUGCAGAUGUUUGGUGGAUCGGUUGUUUCCGAAGAACUGAAGAACUUACAUAAUUCACAAACUCCGCUUCGGAGUCCAACUGUUUCUUUCAAUAAUAGUUUCAAGAUGGAACAAAAACCAGAAAUAGUCAUGAAAGGUAAUUUCUCUACUCCGAAUAAAGCUGACCAAAUGAAGCCACUGAGCUUAACUAUCGAACCGAAUUUCGGGGAGAAUAUGUCGAAAUUGCAUAGCCCAAUCCCACAAAAUAAACCCGACAUGAUGCAGUCUCCAAACUCUGUGAAGAUGGUGAUAAAAAACGGUAUAUUAAUGCCCAAACAGAAGCAGAGACGUUACAGGACAGAGAGGCCAUUCACGUGCGAGCAUUGCUCAGCUAGGUUCACUCUUCGAUCCAACAUGGAGAGGCACAUCAAACAACAACACCCGCAGUACUGGUCACAGAGACAACGUGGCAACGUCGGUAAUCCUGGGAAGAAACCUCUGAUGCCUUCGAAACCCGGAUACUGCGAUAUCAGCAUUCCGAGCUACGAGUUACCAAAGAUGCCAGAAUAUGGCGAGACCAAAGACAUGCUUAACGAAAAAAUUAAGUUCGCCAUUUUGGCCCAACAGUUAAGAGCUAACCAUGACAUGCAGGAUUACGGAAAAAAGGAGGAUGAGGAAGAUUGUGAUUUGGUGAUAGACGAGAAUGAUGAGAAAGAAGAUUCGAGGCCGGCGGAGAACGAACAUCAAGAACGAAAUGUCUUCACGACUCGUAUAUUGGAAGAUAGGCUGCGGGAGCUGCAACAAUUCAAGAUCGAGAAGACUAUGAAAAAUGAAGAAAGCUCGGACUUGGUGCCAGUGUCUCGAUUAUUGGAUAAUGCAUCUCAGCAACAGUUCAACGAUUUCUUCAAGAGAAAUGGCGAAGAUCCGGAUGCUGAAAUGGCCAGCGAAGAAGACGAAGAAGGUCUGGUCGCCAGUGGAAGUACGAGCGAAGAAAAUAUUUCAGGCACCGACGAAAACAAGUCAGAGUCCGAGACGGUACAGCCAGUCAAAAAGAAAUCAGCUUAUUCCUUGGCACCCAAUCGUGUCAGUUGCCCCUACUGCAGCCGCAAAUUCCCUUGGACUUCUUCUCUACGAAGGCACAUUCUCACUCACACAGGACAGAAACCCUUCAAAUGCAGCCACUGUCCUCUACUUUUCACCACCAAAUCCAACUGUGAUCGUCACCUGUUGCGCAAACAUGGCAACAGCGCCACAACCAUUUCCAACGAACCUGGCAGCAACAAUGCCAACUACUUAAUGAGAAAUGUACCAGAGCGACCUUUCAAGUGUUCCAGCUGCCCCAGCAGCACUUUUUCCACAUACUCGAACUUGAAGAAGCACAUCAGCUGCAAACAUUCGACGAACGCGCAAGGUGACGAUAUCAAAGCCCAAGGAUACGAAGCUGGAAGCUCGGAGGAUGAGAAGCUGCCUUGUCCAGACACGAAAAACGAUUGGGAGAGCCAACUGACUUACAACAAGAUACCAGUGGAUGCAGUCAUCCAAAACUCCGACUUACCAUUCAAGUGUCACCUGUGCGAGGGUUCGUUUUCCGAGCGACAAGACGCGCUCGACCACAUCCGUGACAAACACGCCUCCGAGUACGACUUGCUGAUGUCGAAGAACGCCCUGGACAGCAACGCCACCACUCCAGAUGACGUCACGCAUCAGGAAGACGAAGAUAACGAGAUAAGAGGCAAGUUUCCGGACUACUCCAAUCGAAAGGUCAUCUGUGCGUUCUGCAUGCGCAGAUUCUGGUCGGCGGAAGAUCUGCGCCGGCACAUGCGCACACACACUGGCGAGAGGCCGUUCAGCUGCGACAUCUGCAGGCGCAGAUUCACGCUAAAGCACAGCAUGCUGCGCCACAGGAAGAAGCACAACGUGAGUUUCGAGCACGAUGCCAACAAUAGCGACGAAGAAGGCAAUAACGUGUCAUCACCGACAUACAGCAAGACUUCGGAUGGCCAGAUUUGUCUGAAGACUGAUGAGUCGGAUGGGGUGGAAGGUGGUGGAGAUUUGAUCAGCAACUUGUUGGGGCUUAGGGAUCGGUCGAUUAUCGAUAAGGUCUUGGCGGCUUCUGCUGAUGAUGCUGCUAAGUUGUUGGGAGUAAGAAAUGGCGUUAAAGAGUAAACGAGCAUGAAAUUACCAUUGAGUAGCCAUUCCAAUUCUCUUAGGAUCCAAAUAUUACAAUUUAGGUAGUACUUAGUUGAUAUAAACUGUACAUUUGAAAUAUAUCAUCUAGUCAGGUUCAUUCCAACGAAUAGCAUUUGAUGCAUAGGUUUUCUGAAUAUAAAAAAUCCAAAUGAGUAUAGACUAGUUGAACUUGUAUCAUAUUAUUAGGGUUAGAUGAAAAUUUGAAAAUCGAAAUAUAUUUGUACAUAACAAAUUAUGAUACGGUCUAGGUAUACCAAAAAUAAUUUAUUGAAUGUAUUUAUGCAUUGAUUUCGAAAAUCAAUCAGAUAAAUACAGCACCGAGUCUACACGUACUUUUUGCCUUACUUAUUUCAAAACAUGUGUCUUAUUUUUCGCCUUAGGAUAUUCACUGUAUAUUAAGCAAUAUAUUUCAUUUUUACAUCUUAAUUUCGUAUUGUUUAGGCUUAAGGUUUGUAAAUAGUCAAUAAUUUACCCCAAAGAAAAAUAUUGUUGAAUUUGGCCAAGAAGUGUGUUGGAAGUAAUUGUUUGAAUUGAAAUAAUUUAUUGUUGUUUUUUGUUGAUAUUUUUUUAAUUUUAUAUGCAAACGCAUUUCUUGUUCAAAUAAUAUUAUAUAUCGAAUAAAAACUAUAUCGAAUCAAAAUGAGAAAAAGAGUUGAAUUUUUGAAUAGGUACUUUGAUGAAAUUUAUAAAAAGUUGAGUGCUCUACCACAUAGUUUUGCUGUGAGAUUUAUUAUUUAAUAUGUAUAUUAGCUAGGACACGAUUUUAAGUUUUCUUGUGCACUUCUCAAUUAGUAUUUGGUAUUUUUAUCACCCAUUCACGCUGUGUCUUAAGAUUAAUAGCUUCUGAUAUAGGCCUUGUACAUGUUGAACAGCAUGGUUAUUUGAGGCUGUAUAUCCGAAAAGUGACUUAGAGCAACUUCAAAGCAAUGCGAGUGAGUUAAAUAAAUAUGUAGAUUUAAAUGUAUUUUAUAAAGAAAUAAUGUAACAAUUAUUGUAACUGUUGAUUGAAGGUAUUCCUAGUUUUAUGAAACUUAUGCCAUAUUUAUUGAAAUAUUCUAAUUAAGUUGUGAAUCAUACCCUACUUAUAUCAAUUUUGCUGUAUUGUAAUGAUUGAAUACUUCUCUCCAAUAAAUGACAAUUAUUGCU